AUGGUCAAGAUCAACAGAACUAUUGCUGUUUACCACCUGACUGGUUUGAAGGCCAAAAUUUUAAAGAUGCUCGAGGAAAAAUUGCGGGAUGUAACCAUCAGUGAGGCGUCGCAAAGUGGCCUACAGAUGCUCAUCAAUGAGUUGGUCUCGUGA